ACUACCAAUUUAUAAAGUGUUAAGUACCCAUUUAUAAACUGUUAAACCUGUCCUACAGGGUGGCUUGAAUGGCGCUGCUUGUUUUGUCAUUCCUGUUUCGGUGUCAUCAGACCUGUUUUUAAAAGGGUGAACUCUCCUGUGAGGGUUUUGGCAUUUUCACACUAGCAGGACAGUUCAGUGCUUUUCACCUGUAGAAUUUGUGGCUGCGUGAUGUGGAUGUAAACUUUCAUUACUUAAAUCAAGCUCUUUGGAGAAUUUGUAAAAUCUGCAUUUACAGAAUUCCGUCAGGGACUUUGGGACAACACAUAAGGACUGAAAAAUGUCAAAAGAAAAAAGUGAAAAAAAGGACAAAUCUGAAAAGGCCCUGGCAGCAGAAAAAGAACAAUUUGUCAAACUUCAGCUGCAGAGCAUUUCAAAAUGCAUAACGUCCACUGAGGCACCACUAAAGUCGAAAUAUAGCCGCAAUAUCCUGUUAGGAACGCAUUGGGAAAAUGGAGCCGUCGUUUUCUGGUCCCAUGCUGUCAGUUUGCCUCUGGCCAGCAAUGCCAUCCUUAGCUGGAAAUUCUGCCAUAUGGUGCAUAUUCUCCUGCGUGAUGGCCAUCCCAAUACCCUGCGAGAUAGCCGAGGACACGUCCCAAAUAUUAGGCAAAUGGGAACAUUAUGGGGAAGCCUCCAUGAUAGAUACGGUCAUAUUGUUGCUCUCUAUGCAAAGUUCCUGUGUCUCAAAAUUGACUUCCAUUGUAAGCACAAAGUGAUUCCACCAAAUCUUGAAGCUCCAGAGGAGGUCCUCGAGAGGGCUAUUGCAGUUGAUAUAAAUGAAGUGUUUGAAACCACGGGUGAGGUGCUGGAUUAUAUGGAUGCUGCUCUUAUAUUGCAAGAAACAGUUUUCGGACAACUUGAAUCCAACAAUACGAGCUCGACAAGUGCUGUGGGUCAGUGUCGCCUUGCUCCAUUGGUCCUGCUCCUCCAAGACUGCAGCCCUCUCUAUCACUUUCUUGUCAAGCUCCUGUUUAAGUUACACAGCCGUAUACCCAUGGAUGCUCUACUGGGACAUCGUGAGCGAUUCCGUAAUCAGUUUGACAGUCUUUCCCUGUUUUAUGAGAAAGCCAGGAGCAUAGAGUUCUUUAAAACGAUUAUACAGAUCCCUGAUUUUCCUGAUUCCCCUCCAAACUUCCUGCGUGCAGCUUCAUUGGCUGAUUAUGUCAAGCCAGUGGUGGUUCAUAAUCAGCUUCCUGAAGAUGAUGAUACAGAAUCUCAGUUGGACGUUGGUGAAGGAUACCCUAUGUUCUAUAAUUUCAACCAGUAUGACCCAACAAAGGAUGUACCUAUCCAAAGGGAGAAAGAGGUUGACCCUUUUAGAAAAGAGCUGGAAGCAAUGACCCCAGAGGUGCAGAUGUUCAAAGCAGAGGCCCAGCGUGCUGUCCUCCACCUGAAGGACCAGGUGAAUAAGUUGGAGGCAGAGCUGGAAGACCAGCGCACUCACAAGCAGAUGGCUAUGGUGGAGAACGAGCAGCUGCGCAUGGAGAUGGAAGCAUUAAGGACACAGACAGCAGUCGCUGCGAGUAUGCAGGCUUCUGUAGAUGACGGCCGAGUUCAAACCGCCCAGAUUCAUUUCACUCGGCUUAAAGAAAAGCAUGCCGAGUUGGUCACCAGGCACGCUGAUCUCAUGAGAAAGAAUACAGACAUGAUGAAGCAAAUGGUCAGCACUCAGCAAGUGCAGGAGGAGCUGGUCAAAGCCAGGCAGCAGAUGACAGAAGAGCUGGAGCAGCUCAAACAGGAGAACAGCAUGAAGCUCGAAGCACAGAAGGCAGAAAUCAUUCAACUGAGGCAAGAGCUGCAGACUGGAAAAGCUGAAAUAACAAAUGCUCAUAGUGCACUCCAGAGCAAAGAAAGGGCAGGAGAUCAGCUGAGCAGUGUGUUGGUGGGGCUUCAGGCUGAGAAGGAAGCACUGAUGCGUUCUCUGAAAGAGCAGGAGGCUGAGCUUGCUAACCUGCGCCAAGUCACUCAACAGAACCAGACCACGCUGCAGCAGGAGCGAGACAAGACCCAGAGAGAAAUGAGCUCUCUGCAAAGCCAACUUUUAGAAAAAGAGAGUCGAGAUCAGGAGCAGCAGAUGGAGUUGGAUAAAUUGAAGAGAGAGCUGGAGCUGAAAAGAGCAGAGGCACUAAGUGUGCAAAGUGCACUGCAGAGUAAAGAGGCGGCAGGAGGUCAGCUGAGCAGUGUGUUGGUGGGGUUGCAGGCUCAAAAGGAAACGCUGAUGCAUUCUGUGAAAGAGCAGGAGGCUGAGCUUGCUAGUCUGAGGCAGGGUGCUCAUCUUCACCAGAUCACACUACAGCAGGAGAGAGACAAGUCCCAGAGAGAAAUGAUUUCAUUGCAGACCCAGCUACAGGCCAAGUUGAGCCGGGAAUCCGAGCUCCAGGAGAAGCUGAAGGAGGAGCAGUUUUGCUUAUUGCAGUGUGCUGUGGUGGAGGCAGAGGGCAUCAUAUUAGACGCUCUGGCCAAAGUAGAUGAUCCCAUGCACUUGCGCUGUGUUUGCACUCCUGAGUAUUUGAUCAAUCGAGCUGAGACCACACUGGUGUCCAUUGACAAGAUGAAGCAAAGUCAUGCUGGGUACUUACGAAAUCAGGAUGAUGCCAGUGGGCUGUUGAGAUCUGUGACUCAAUUUUCCCACCUUGCAGCAGACACUAUUGUUAAUGGUGCUGCUGCGUCACACUCUGCACCAACUGACCAAGCUGACAGGCUGACGGAUAACUGUAGAGACUGUGCUACUCAUUGUCUUCAGUUCCUUAAAGAGCUGAAGCUGAAGGCCACACUGCAGAGAGCUGACCCGAGCGCCAUCCGUUACACGGUCCAGCGCAUCCUCAACCAAGCCACUGAUUUACGACGAAAUGAUGCAGAUGUUCAGAAAGCAGAGCUGGCAGACAUGGUGGAUAAAGAGAUGACUGCCACCUCCACUGCAAUUGAGGAUGCUGUUCUGAGGAUGGAAGAAAUAUUGAAUCAAGCAAGAAGAGAUACAUCGGGAUUGAAAUUGGAAGUUAACCAAAGCAUUCUCGGUUCCUGCUCUGAUCUGAUGAAAGCCAUUCACAUGUUGGUCACAGCAGCCACAGAUUUACAGAAGGACAUUGUGGAAAGUGGUCGGGGAGCUGGCUCUGUGAAAGAUUUCUAUGCUAAGAAUUCCUGUUGGACUGAGGGGCUCAUCUCUGCCUCCAAGACUGUAGGUUGGGGAGCCACACAGAUGGUUGAUUCAGCUGACAAAGUAGUGACAGACAGAGGCAAAUAUGAGGAACUGAUUGUGUGCUCCCACGAGAUUGCUGCCAGCACUGCCCAGCUCGUAGCUGCCUCCAAGGUAAAAGCAGAUAGAGGUAAUAAGAAACUUAAUACGCUGCUGCAAGCCUCACGACAUGUAAAUGAUAUGGCUGCGGUCGUUGUGACGUCAACAAAAGCUGGACAGAUGCAAAUCGAAAAUAAGGAUCCGAUGGAUUUCUCUGGCAUGUCGCUAAUCAAGCUGAAGACUGAAGAAAUGGAAACUCAGGUGAAAGUGUUGGAGCUGGAGAAUCAGUUGUCUAAUGAACGGCAGCGGCUGGGCGAGCUAAGGAAAAAGCACUAUGAUUUAGCUGGAGUUCCUCUUGAUCAGACUGUAGAUAGAGAUUUUGAUGGUCUUGUGAGCGUUUUAACUCCAGUUAUGCCUGAGCCACCACUGCCAGAACCACCCAAACUUGAGCCUGCUAAAAAUCCACCAUCAAAAAAAUCUUCCAUUUUCCAGAAAUCAGGCAGCCUCCUUAAAAAUAAGUUUAGGUGAAGCCUUUGGAGAUGAAUAAGCGGUGGAAAAAGCCCACUUGAAUUAAAAUAUUUUGCCCUUUUGUAUACAUCAUUCAUUUAUUCCUUAGUAAUGACUUUAUACAGGUUAGCAGUCAAUAGGAAACCUAAAACAGUAACACUGUGUGUCUGGGGAAUAUACACCAGACGGGACUCCAUUUAAUCACACCAGGGGCAAUUUAGAUUAACCAGUUCACCAACCAGUAUGAUUUUGGACAAUGGGAGGAAACCAGAGAUCCCAGAGGAAACCCAUGUGGGUGCUGCACUGUUUUUUUUUGUUUGUUUUAUUUGUGAUUUUAAUGAGUUAAAGGUAUUAAUUUAUGACAUGACUUGUUAAACGUAUAUAAAUAAAACCAAUCUAUGACAUAAUAAUAAAGUGGACUGUUGUUCAGUUGAA